AGAUGAAGGUUUUAAGGAGAGGGUGUUCGCUUGAUUUCUUUUCUUUUUUUUGCUUUCCUGGGGAAAUUUCUUAAUUUUUUGAGCGUAGGGAACGAGCCAGGAAGUUUUCCUUUUUUAAUUGUUGGGUAGUAGCUGUGCAUGUUUUAAAUCGGUAUUUAGAAAGGAAUCACCCGAAGGGAAUUGGAAAUGGGAAGGUGGAAGGUGGAUGGGUGUUUUCUCUGUGCGUUUGUGUAUUCCAGUUUGGAUCCUAAGUGCUUGGAUUGAAUUCAGUCAUGGAGAAGAAUGGGAUUUCUAAAGAUUAUUUCUAGCAUGGGGUUGGGUGCGGGGGGAGGACACCAACUGCAUUGUUUUUCGGUACACAACAAACCAGCUGAGUUUGAUGAAAUCUUCGGAAGCCAUUAGGCUUCUUAAAGUUCCGCCCUGUUUCAAAACCUCGUUUAGGAGGCUGACAGGGGAACCUGUUAGUCCGUGCUAUACGCUUUAGGUGAUUACUCACCUAUUACUCGAUUCCUUUGACCUUAUUGAAAUAAUGUUUCAUACACAGCGCUGGCAUUUUUGUUAAUUGUUGAAUAACUGAAUAAAUGCCUCCCCCGCCCCCCCCCCCAGCUGUAUUAACUAUCUCAUUCUUUGGAUUGACUUCUGGCUUGUAUGUGAUCAAUUUUUCUACCCCCCCCUUUUUUUUCUUUCUUCUUUUUGGUUAGACCUGGAUUGCAAAGAUGCUAUAAAAGCUACUUCUCACAUGAGUUGUUUCUUUUUUUCCCUUGUGCCUGUAAAAUCUGUAUCUGGUAGAAUGGAGUUGCAGUGGAGCUGCUAGCUGCUAAUUUGCUUUUCCAUUGUUGAGAAUGUAAACUGGAUUGUCUAAGUAGGACCAGUGAUUUAAAAGUAGGCCUUUCUUAAAGAUGCAGCUAUGUGUUUUGCUAGCUGAGAUCCCUGGCAUAUGUAGGAAAUAUGAUGAGAGGCAUGAUUAUAUUACCCAAUUUUAGUCUGGAUGGAUAAUUGGUGGAAGACAUUUUCUGAAAUACCAAAGUAUGUAACUGAAGGGGAGUUACACUGACUAAUUGGAUCUUGAGAAACAGCAUUUGAAGGCGGUAAUAUUUUUGUCUGGUGGUAUGGAAAAUUGUUUUUCUAAGGCUUUUUUCCCCCUCUUUUGUCUUUAUAGAUUUGAUAAAGGUGAGUCUAUUUUGCAUGAGACAGGAUUGAAUGCAUUCAUAUAAGCUGUUUUUUGGUGGGAACAUCUCUCAGCAGCAUCUGAAACUUGGUGUGCAUUUGUUGCACGUUUCCAAAAAAUACCUAAUGGUGAAAAUGAGACAAUGAUUCCUGUGUUGACAUCAAAGAAAGCAAGUGAAUUGCCCGUCAGCGAGGUGGCAGGCAUUCUCCAAGCUGAUCUUCAGAAUGGGCUAAACAAAUGUGAAGUUAGUCACAGGCGAGCCUUCCAUGGCUGGAAUGAGUUUGAUAUCAGUGAAGAUGAACCACUGUGGAAGAAGUAUAUUUCUCAGUUUAAAAACCCCCUUAUUAUGCUGCUUCUGGCUUCUGCAGUCAUCAGUGUUUUAAUGCAUCAGUUUGAUGACGCUGUCAGUAUCACUGUGGCAAUAGUCAUUGUUGUUACCGUUGCCUUUGUCCAGGAAUAUCGUUCAGAAAAAUCUCUUGAGGAACUGAGUAAACUUAUGCCACCAGAAUGCCAUUGUGUGCGGGAAGGAAAAUUGGAGCAUACACUUGCCCGAGACUUGGUUCCAGGUGACACAGUUUGCCUUUCUGUGGGGGACAGAGUUCCUGCUGAUUUACGCUUGUUUGAGGCUGUGGAUCUUUCCAUUGAUGAGUCGAGCUUGACCGGAGAGACAACACCUUGUUCAAAGUUGACAGCUCCCCAGCCAGCCGCCACAAAUGGAGAUCUUGCCUCAAGAAGUAACAUCGCCUUCAUGGGAACGCUGGUCCGAUGUGGCAAAGCAAAGGGUAUUGUCAUUGGAACUGGAGAAAAUUCUGAAUUUGGAGAGGUUUUUAAAAUGAUGCAAGCAGAAGAAGCGCCAAAAACCCCUCUGCAGAAGAGCAUGGAUCUCUUAGGAAAGCAGCUGUCCUUUUACUCCUUUGGUAUAAUAGGCAUCAUCAUGUUGGUUGGCUGGUUGCUAGGAAAAGACAUCCUGGAAAUGUUUACUAUUAGUGUAAGUUUGGCUGUAGCUGCAAUUCCUGAAGGUCUGCCCAUUGUGGUCACAGUGACACUAGCCCUUGGAGUCAUGAGGAUGGUGAAGAAAAGGGCCAUUGUGAAGAAACUGCCUAUUGUGGAAACCCUGGGCUGCUGUAAUGUGAUUUGUUCAGAUAAAACUGGAACAUUGACAAAGAAUGAGAUGACUGUCACACACAUAUUCACGUCAGAUGGAGUGCAUGCUGAGGUCACUGGUGUUGGCUACAAUCAGUUUGGGGAAGUGAUUGUCGAUGGUGACGUUGUUCAUGGAUUCUAUAACCCAGCUGUUAGCAGAAUUGUUGAGGCCGGCUGUGUGUGCAAUGAUGCUGUAAUUAGAAACAACACUCUCAUGGGGAAGCCAACUGAAGGAGCCUUAAUUGCUCUUGCAAUGAAGAUGGGUCUUGAUGGACUUCAACAAGAUUAUAUCAGAAAAGCUGAAUACCCUUUCAGUUCUGAGCAAAAGUGGAUGGCUGUUAAGUGUGUGCACCGAACUCAGCAGGACAGACCAGAGGUCUGUUUUAUGAAGGGUGCCUAUGAACAGGUGAUUAAGUACUGCACUACAUACCUCAGCAAAGGGCAGAACUUGGCACUUACCCAGCAGCAGAGAGAUCUGUACCAACAGGAGAAGGUUCACAUGGGCUCAGCAGGACUCAGAGUUCUGGCUCUGGCUUCUGGUCCUGAGCUGGGUCAGCUGACGUUUCUUGGCCUGGUGGGAAUCAUUGAUCCUCCGAGAACUGGUGUGAAGGAAGCGGUUACAACACUCAUUGCCUCAGGAGUGUCCGUAAAAAUGAUCACCGGAGACUCACAGGAGACGGCGGUUGCCAUUGCCAGUCGCUUGGGAUUAUAUUCUAAAACUUCCCAGUCAGUCUCAGGAGAAGAAGUCGAUGCCAUGGAGGUCCAGCAGCUCUCACAAAUCGUGCCAAAGGUUGCAGUAUUUUACAGAGCUAGUCCAAGGCACAAGAUGAAAAUCAUUAAAUCUCUGCAGAAGACUGGGUCAGUGGUCGCCAUGACGGGUGAUGGAGUGAAUGACGCCGUUGCUCUGAAGGCUGCGGACAUCGGCAUUGCCAUGGGCCAGACAGGCACCGACGUUUGCAAAGAGGCCGCAGACAUGAUCCUGGUGGAUGACGAUUUCCAGACCAUAAUGUCUGCGAUUGAAGAGGGUAAAGGCAUUUAUAAUAACAUUAAAAAUUUUGUUAGAUUCCAACUGAGCACGAGUAUAGCAGCAUUAACCUUAAUCUCACUGGCUACAUUAAUGAACUUUCCUAAUCCCCUCAAUGCAAUGCAGAUUCUGUGGAUCAAUAUCAUUAUGGAUGGACCCCCUGCUCAAAGCCUUGGGGUGGAGCCGGUGGACAGAGAUGUCAUUCGCAAGCCGCCCCGGGACUGGAAGGACAGCAUCCUGACCAGGAGCCUGAUACUCAAGAUCCUCGUCUCCUCAGUCAUCAUCGUUUGCGGAACUCUGUUCGUCUUCUGGCGGGAGCUUCGAGACAAUGUGAUAACCCCUCGGGACACAACCAUGACCUUCACGUGCUUCGUGUUUUUUGACAUGUUCAAUGCACUAAGCUCCAGAUCUCAGACCAAAUCAGUGUUUGAGAUUGGACUGUGCAGUAAUAAGAUGUUUUGCUACGCGGUUCUCGGAUCCAUCAUGGGACAGUUGCUGGUGAUUUACUUUCCCCCACUUCAGAAGGUUUUCCAGACGGAGAGCCUCAGCAUACUGGACCUGUUGUUUCUCCUGGGGCUCACAUCCUCUGUGUGCAUCGUGUCGGAAAUUAUAAAGAAGGUCGAAAGGAGCAGGGAAAAGAUCCAGAAGAACGUUAGCUCAACAUCAUCGUCUUUUCUUGAAGUAUGAUGCAUAUUGCAUUUUUUUUAUUUGCAAACUAGGAAUUGCAGUCUGAGGAUCAUUUAGAAGGGCAAGUUCAAGAGGAUAAUGAAGAUUUGAGAGCUUUUUAACCUUUCAUUGACUUAAAAAAAAAAAAGAACAAUAAUGUUAAAGACUUGAUUUGAGACUUUAACCUGCUGGCAGUCCCAAAAUGAAAUUAUGCAACUUUGGUAACAUAUUCCUUGAUUUAAAUUGGCUAUUGUGAUGGAGUGGAACUUUAUAAAGCAGUUAUUUAAUUACAAAAAAAAAGGCAAAAGCUGAACCACCUUCUGCACUUAAAUAGGUCUAAUAUGCACAUACACUAUCUAUCUUAGAUAGAUAUAAAUAUGUUUUUUAUUUUUAAAUAUUGUACUAUUUAUGGUGGUGGGGCUUUCUUACUAAUACACAAAUAAAUUUAAUCAUUUCAAAGGCAUUCUGUUUGGUUUAGAAGUUGAUUCCCAGGAGUGCCGUAUUUCAACUACUGUAUUUCCCUCUUCUAGAAUACAAGCAGCUUAGACAACUUGUGCUACUAUCAUUUUUGUACUCCAAGGUUUUCUUUUUUGCACAGGAUGUGACCACUGUAAGAGCACUGUUCUUUUCUUUCUUUUUGUGAUUGAAAAGCAUAUACUGCAAUUGGAAGUAAAUGUUUGCUUUUCUUAGUAAGUGUAAAUGGUUCCUUUUUAUUUUAUUUUAUAUUUAAAGGUGUGAGUGUUUGGUCUAGGAGAAUUAGUUCAGGGAUAUCCAGUGGCAUUCUAGUUAGUGUAACGGGGGUCUGUAAUGAACACUUAGUCAUAGAGUCAAAGCCCUUUAAAAUCAACAUGUCAGGUCUCCUUGUCAGUCAGAUACAAAUUAUCUGCUUUGCCAGUAUCCUCUUGCCUUCCUUUAGAUAUAAAUCCAAGAGCUUCGGCUAAAUAGCUGAAUUUUAUUCUUCUUACUGUUUCACACGUGUGUUUUCAUGCAUCUUUCUUAGGCAGUGUUGGUCACUAUACUUAAAAGAGUAAAAUGGCCCCAAACCUGACUGGAUGGUUUAGGAACCGGGGUGCCACAGGAGAUCCCCACCUGCCUUCUGUGUAGGGCAUCUUUCUAGGCAGCCUAGAGCCUAGGGCCUAGGUUGUAGCCCAGCUAUUGGUCUACCCCUUCUUCUCCCAUCGGUACUCCAUCUUCUUUGUGUCUCAUUGGGCAUGCUAGAGAAAUAGAUGGGUUUGCUGUGUGUAAUGCCAUCAGUUUUUAUAAGAGCUUGGCAAAGCAUGGGUGACUUGAAUGUGUGGCCAAUUUGGGCCUGAAACUCAAAAUUAAAAGAAAACAAAAACCAUUCUCCUGCUGAAUAAUUCUCUCUACAAACCAAAAUGGGUCACAGAUUCUUACAAGAUCAUUUCUUUUGAAGGUAGCAAGCUUUAUAUGUCUCAUGAACCAUUCCUGAGCUUUUAUUCAACUAGGAAUUGCAAGUGGUAACAUUGAAAUACUGUCACGUGUAGGAAAAUACCUAUUCUUGAGUCCGUAUGACCAAAAGCUGAGUGUAAGAAGCUGAGAUGUCUGUGCUUUGUUCUUCACUAAGGCUAAAUAGCUAAUUGUACAUGGUUCUUUAUUAGAAGGAACUUGGAGGCCAUUGUUUAAUCAGCUCUAUCAUUAACAAUUUGAUGUCUCAUACCUAAAUUUUGUAAUGAUUUUUUUUUAAUUCUGUUACCAACUUGAACUAGCUAUUACGUGCAUAUCAAUCAUUUUUGUUUUGCAAUGUGGGUUCAGAGUAUGAUUUUUGAAUGAAAUAAAUGUGCCUAUCUUUUCAUUUGGUUUUUGGACUCUUAAAAAUAAAAUGACUUCUUUGUGUAAA